AUGUAUAAUCGCUUUAAUUUAGUUUGCUUUACUCUCACACGCUACAGUACAGUACACAGAGACAAGCGCACGAUGCACCAGACUCGCAGCGAUGCGCCGCAGCAGGGGAAGAAGAGCAAACUGCCGUCGUGGAUGAAGAAGAUCAUCCAGCCAACGGGGGAGGGAAAGAUGUCGUGUACUCGCAGGCGCAGGCGCCGCAACAACACGAACAGCACAAGAAACACAGCACUCCACCGCACAAGAUCAAACGUGUCGUUCGCAGCCGUACUCGGCACACUCGGUCCACUCCGCAUACUCCGUCUCGUCAUCGAUGAGACCCACUGUUCCAUAGAGACCCGUCUCCGACCGCUGGGAACGAAUGACGAUGAUGACGAUGAUCCGCCGCUGAUAGACCAGACACUGCUGCACGCCCGUACCCGCGCCGGCUCCCGCACCACGCAGGAAACCACGACCCACCAGACCGGACCCGCCCAGGCAGACCACGCGUCCAUCUCCCCUCUACUCUCAUACUACUCGACGUCGGCCAAGUCGUCCACUUUCUCAGACACACACUCCGUGCAGUCCACGCGACCAACACUCGUCUCGGCAAGAACACUGGACACAAAUUCCAGCACAGUGGCCAUUCCUCCGGCGUCCAUAGUCGACAGGGCAAGACCAACACACAUCAACGGCGGCGCAUCCGUAAACUCGUCAGCAGUGUCCUUCAACAACGGCACAACAAGCCUCAGACUCCCGGCAAGACGCAACAGCAGCCACACGGUCAACUCGGUGGUCACUCUUAAAUCAUAG